AUGUCGAUUUUCGCGGCGGUGCCCAAAGCCCCAGAUGAUCCCAUCCUUGGCCUUGUUUCUGCCUUCAAGGCCGACAAGGACCCAAAGAAGGUGAAUCUGAGCGUUGGAGCCUAUCGAACUGAGGAGGGCAAGCCUUGGAUAUUACCCUCGGUUGCUGCUGCGGAGCAACUGGUCCUUGAAACCGCACAGGACAAAGAGUAUGAGCCCAUCGACGGGAAGCCGGAAUUCAAACGCCCGGUGCAACAGCUGAUCUUCAGUGACGAAGUCAUUGAGAGCGGUUGUGUGGCCACGGUGCAAGCUCUGUCCGGCACAGGCUCAUUGCAGAUGAUCGCCCAGUUCAUGAAGUUCAUGGGUGUAAGUAAAGUUUGGGGUCCGGAUCCUACCUGGGGCAACCACCCAAAAAUCUUCGGCCGUGCGGGGCUCGAAUAUGCAAAAUACCCAUACUGGCAUCAAGAAAGCCGCUCCUUGAAUUUCGAGGGCAUGAUGGCCAGCAUCAAGAGCAUGAAGGAGGGCGACGCCAUUUUGCUACAUUCCGUGGCCCACAACCCGACAGGCGUAGACCCAACCCCGGACCAGUGGAAAGAAAUCGUCCUGGCUGUCCAAGAGAGAAAGCUUGUACCGCUGCUCGAUAAUGCAUACCAAGGCUAUGCUAGUGGAGACUUGGCACAGGAUGGCCUAGCCCAGAAGCUGUUCACCGAGUCCGGCAUGGAGUUCUUCAUCGCCCAGUCAUUUGCCAAGAACUUCGGACUUUACGGGGAGCGCAUUGGCUACAUUCACGUCCGUUGUGCCACGAAGGAAGCCGCUAGCGCUGUGCUCUCGCAGAUGAAAAUCGUCGUCCGACAGGCAUAUUCGAGUCCGCCCAAGCAUGGGGCAGCGAUUGUGAACAAGAUCCUGACCACACCGGAGCUGAAAGCAAUGUGGCUGAAAGAGCUCGGUUCGAUGUCGGAGCGCAUCGUAAAGAUGCGUGCAGCGUUGCGACAAGCGUUGGAGGCUUUGCAGACCCCGGGUACAUGGAACCACGUCACCGACCAGAUUGGCAUGUUCACUUUCACAGGCCUCACAAAAGACCAAGUCUCACGAAUGGUGAAGGACUUCCACAUCUACAUGACUGAAGACGGCCGCAUAUCGAUGGCUGGCCUAAACAUGUCGAACGUGCAGUAUGUUGCGGACUGUAUU